UCAUGCUGCUGCCAGGUCCAGAGUGUCUCAUGGGUCCCUGUACGGCCUCCCAUUGCUGCUGUCUCCAUCGCCACACUCUGCCAUGUGCCACUUUCAGGUCUCCUCACACUGCUGGUGGGUUCCAUUUUGUCAUAGGGUGCUGGCAGAUUACGGGCCUCCCAUUGCUGCUGCCAGGCCCGUAAUCUGCCAUGGGCCCCCGUACCGCCUCCUCAUGCUGCUGCCAGGUCCAGAGUGUCUCAUGGGUCCCUGUACGGCCUCCCAUUGCUGCUGUCUCCAUCGCCACACUCUGCCAUGUGCC